GGUCCCUGCAGUCCGCCUCGGCGUCUUCCGGCUGCUUCGUCCUCUGGAACCACAACGAUGGGCAGUGUUCUUGCUGCCAGCUCCCCCAGCCCUCCGCCCCCCCCGGGCCCCCCGGGUCCCGGGCUGACGGUGCCGCCGGGCUUCGGGAUGCCCCCCGUCUCCCCGGUCACGCCCCCCGCCGUGGCGUCCAGCGAGCAGCAGCAGGACUCCGGACCCUCGUUACCAAACCCGGGGGCGUUUGACGAGUGCCAUCGCAAAUGCAAAGAGGUGUUCCCGAUGCAGAUGGAGGGGGUCCGGCUGCUCGUGAGCAAAGGCCUCAGCAACCACUUCCAGGUGAAUCACACGGUGCUGCUCAGCACCGCCGGAGACUCCAGCUACAGGUUCGGCGCCACCUACGUGGGGUCGAAGCAGACGGGGCCUGCAGAGUUCUUCCCCGUCAUGGUGGGCGACAUGGACAACAGCGGCAGCCUCAACGCUCAGGUCAUCCAUCAGCUCAGCGGCAGGAUACGAUCCAAGCUGGCCUUCCAGACGCAACAACACAAGUUCGUGAACUGGCAAGGCGACGCCGAGUUCAGGGGGGAAGACUUCACGGCCACGGUGACGGUGGGGAACCCCGACGUCCUCGUCGGCUCCGGCAUCGUGGUCACACACUACCUGCAGUCCGUCACCGCGGCGCUGGCGCUGGGAGGGGAGCUGGUGUACCACCGCCGGCCCGGGGAGGAGGGCGCCGUCAUGUCUCUGGUGGGCCGCUACACAGGCAGUAACUACGUGGCCACGCUGACGCUGGGCUCGGCCGGCGCUCACGCCUCGUACUACCACCGGGCCAACGAGCAGCUGCAGGUCGGCGUGGAGCUGGAGGCCAGCGCCCGCAUGCAGGACACCAGCGUGUCUUUCGGCUACCAGCUGGACGUGCCUCAGGCCAACCUGCAGUUCAAAGGCUCCGUGGACAGUAACUGGAUCGUCGGCGCCACGCUGGAGAAGAAGCUGCUGCCGCUGCCGCUGUCGCUGCUGCUCUGCUCCUUCCUCAACCACCGCAAGAACAAGUUCCAGUGCGGCUUUGGCGUCACCAUCGGCUAGAGGCGCCCUCACCUCCGUCCCCGUCCCCGUCCCCCGUCCCUGAAUGAUCGGGCGCCAUCGAUGGCUCAGGAAGCGCCACAUCUCCUGAAAGAGGCGGCAGACCGUCGGCUGACCUCAGUGCCUGUCACCUUCCACCUUUCUUACUGUUUCUUGUUUUGUUUUUUUGUUUUUUUAAUGUAAAAUCAGGGUGCAGCAACUGAAACGUUUGUCAUUUACUUGUUUGACAGUAAUUUAUCGGUUACAGAUGAGUUUACACAUCGUCUUCACAAACCAGUGCUUGUUUUGUUGCCUUUUUUUUCUAAGUUCCAAUCAUGAAGAACCGUAUGGAUGACCUGUAAAUACCUCAUGGAACUGAU